AUAGAAACUGUCAUUGAUCUGGUACAGGAAUUUGGUUUAAACUGUCUCAUGAGUAAGGCCGAUAUUCUAGAGGCUUUUCGUUUGGUUCCUGUCCAUUCAUCAGAAUAUCAUCUUUUGGGGUUUAAGUGGCAAAAUUUAUUUUAUUACGAUGCAGCAUUACCCAUGGGAGCAUCUGCAUCUUGUCAACUUUUUGAAUGUUUUUCUACCGCCCUUCAAUGGAUUUUAAAUACAAAAUUUGAGAUAAAUGGUAUGUCACAUUUACUAGAUGAUUUUUUCUUUGUGGGUAAAGCUGGGACGAAUGAAUGUUCCAUUGCUUUAAAUACAUUUCUAGCAUUAGCUGAAAAAUUGGGGGUUCCUAUCAAAGAUGAGAAAACUCAAACCCCUACCACAUGUAUUACAAUUUAUGGGAUUGAAAUUGAUUCACAAUCAAUGAUAGCUCGUUUACCUCAGGAUAAGAUAGAAAAGGUUUUAGGUUUACUGACAAAAUUUAAGGUAAAAAGGAAAGUGACUUUACGAGAAUUACAAUCAUUAUUGGGUUUGCUAAAUUUUGCUUGUAGUGUGAUUGUCCCUGGGCGUGCAUUUUUACGAAGAUUAAUUGAUUUAACUUUGGGACAUACAUGUCCUCAUUUUAGAAUCACUCUUAAUUCCGAAGCCAGGGCAGAUCUCAAAGCUUGGUAUGAAUUUAUAUGCAAUGUUAAUGGAAAAUCUUGUUUCCUGUUCAAACAGUGGGUGUCAUCCGAAUCUUUGAAACUUUAUUCUGAUGCUGCGGGGGUGUAUGGUGGUUUUGCAGCAGUUUUUGGUGAUAAAUGGUUCUCUGGCCAAUGGCCUCCUGAGUUGAAAGAUUUGCAUAUCACUGUUAAGGAGCUUUUCCCCAUUGUUCUUGCAAUUGAGAUUUGGGGUAAAAACUUAGCUAAUCAUAAAGUGUUAUUUAUGACGGAUAAUCAGGCUGUUGCAGACAUUAUAAAUAAAACAUCAUCUAAAGAUAAAAAUCUAAUGAAAUUAGUUCGUCGAAUGGUCUUGUCAGCAAUGAAAUUCAAUAUCCACUUUAGGGCAAAACACAUAGCGGGGAAAACAAAUGUGGUCUGUGAUUUGCUAUCUCGUUUUUCUUUUCAGAAAGCCCAUCGAAUUGCUCCCUGGUUAAAUCUAAAUCCAGUUACAGUUCCACUGCAUCUCUUGAAUCUGUAACAGCACAAUUAUUACAAGCUUCAUUAUCACAUUCAACAAGACAAUCUUAUAAAAGGAUGCUGAAUGUAUUCCAGCAAUUUUGUAGAGAAAAAUUUCCUGUAGUCCAACCAUUUCCAUCUACAAGCAUUAUGAUAGCACAUUUUAUUUCAUUUCUUUUCUUAAAGAAUUAUCAGCCAUCUACAAUAGCAUCCUACAUUUCUGCCAUCAGUUUUGUUCAUAAACUUAAUUUUUGGAGUGAUCCUACAGAUUCAUUUUUUAUUAAGAAAAUUAUUAAAGGGGCCCAAAAUCUAAGAAGUUCAAGCGAUAAUAGAUUACCAAUCACCAAAGAAAUUUUGUCAAAAUUAGUAGCAGCAAUUCCGGUAGUUGUACAAAGUCCCUACAAUCAAAUUUUGUUAAGAGCAAUGAUGUCCCUGGCUUUUUACUGUUUCCUUCGUAUAGGUGAGAUGGCUGUUAAAAGCGAAAGCAGGAAAAAUAAUGUCAUUCAAUUAUCUGAUUUAAAUAUUGAGUUUGAAAACAAGGUUUCAAAGCGUAUGACGGUCACAAUGAGGAAUUAUAAACACAGUGACAUGCAGCCAAAAACUAUUUCAAUUGACAAAAAUACUAGCAAUAUAGCUUGUCCAGUUAUGGCUAUGUCUAGUUAUUUAAAUUUGGUUAAACAUAAUUCUGGUCCCCUCUUUCAAUUUCCAUGUGGCACACCAGUAGCAUAUGCUUUUUUCAGCGCAUCACUUAAAGCAGUUCUAAAUUUCGUUGGUUUAAAUACCCAGUUAUAUAAAGGUCAUAGUUUUAGAAUAGGGGCUGCAACAUCAGCAGCAGCCAAGGGUGUAUCUUUAGAAAUUAUUCAACAAAUGGGGAGAUGGAAAUCAAAUGCUGUAAAAAAUUAUAUAAGGUUACAUAAUUUUUGAGGUAGAGGUCAACAAGGCUUGCUCUACCAGUCAAUAGUAUUGUAUAAUGUAGAAUUUUAUUUGUUUUUACACUAGAUAAUUGAUUAGAAAUGAGUAAAGAGGUCAACAGGGCUUGCUCUUUCCAUUAAUAAUUAUUUUUUAUUUUUUUUACAUAAUAUGUCAACACUUUGCGUGCCUUGCACAUUUCAUUUAAUAAUUUUUAUAUAUUUCACCAUUCUAUUUUGUGUGUGUGAUGGUUUAAACUUGUAUGCUAUAAGUAGAGGUCAACAGGGUUUGCUCUACAUUUUUGUUGUUAAUUUUUUGUAUACACACUGAACACUGAAUCAAGUAUUUUUGAUUAACAUGAAUUUUUUUUUUUGGGUGGGGAGGGGUGCCCCUCUCAUAAAAGUGCAUUUACCUAGGAGUUUUCGGGUGGCGGUCUCCCCAAAUUUAAAUUCUUUAAUAUUGGGGAUUUUUUGGCGGUUUUUAUUCGCCACCUUUGCUAAUUUUUUGUCAUUUAUUCAGAUUUGGAUUUAUUGCAUAAAUUCAUAUUUGAUUAUAUAAUACAGAAUAUUAUGAUUUUAUGGUAUGUUUGAAUAAAUGACCUUUAUCGCAAA